CGAGUCCGCCGGUUGCCAGCUCGCCUGCCGCCAUUGUUACAUUCUCAGUGCCGGGGCGAGACCGGCUGAGAAAAUCUUCGUCUUCUCGCCCCCUUUCCCCGCAACCCCCUCGUCGUCACCAAUAAAAAAAAAAAGACGACAUUCUCCACAGCCGCCAAGAAGUUAAAAAAGGUGACAAGCGAGAAAGACGAAGAAGGUAACCGAGGUGGGCGAGCGACGACGACAAAAGAUGUCGGCGCUUUUCUUCAUUUUGUAAAUGACUGAUACUUUCUAUUCCUCCACCUAGUCACCAUGCCGCUGAAAUAAAACCUUUUUUAAAGCCCUUCGGAGCCGCGACAAAGAGGAGUGGUGGUGUGGCCCACCCCGCAGGAACAAUGACUAUGGAGCUCCCACGGCCGGCGGCUCUUUAAACACAACCAGGACGUUUUUGAUUCCUUUCAAAUGAUGAAAUAAUCCAUGAAUUUUGGAGAAAGAAGAAACUGCCUGCUUGUGGCCCAGACGCAGUUUCCAUGGAGGCAGGCUCGUCCCUCAGCCUCAAACGACGAUACGAAGAGGUGGACAAUGUCUCUCCAUUCUCUACGCCCAAGGACUCUGACGAUGACAUCUCCAGCAGCGACAGCGCCGACAGCUGCGACAGCCUCAACGCUUCCUCCAGGAGCGAAUUCACCCCGACAUCCAUCCUCAGGCGACACAAGCCGUCGCCGGGAGGCAAGCGGGUGCGUUUUGACGCGGUGACGGUGUACUACUUCCCCCGGCGGCAGGGCUUCACCAGCGUGCCCAGCCAGGGGGGCAGCUCGCUGGGCAUGGACCACCGCCACUCAUCCAUCCGCCGCUACACGCUGGGCGAGUUUGCCCGGGAGCAGGAGAGCAGCCAUCGCCACGCCUUACGCCAGCACCUGCGCCAGGAGAAGCUCAACGCCCGCAAGAUGAAGCUGACCAGCAACGGCACGGUGGAGUGCGCCCAGGCCGACAUGCUGACCUUGGACGACGUGUCGGACGAGGACUUGGACAUGGACGCCGUGGAGGUAGACGACUGCUUCUUCCUGCAGCCGCUGCCCACCAAGCGGCGCCGGGCCCUGCUGCGGUCCUCCGGCGUGGCCCGCAUCGACGCCCGGGAGAAAACGGAGCUGCGGGCCAUCCGCCUGUCGCGGGAGGAGUGUGGCUGCGACUGCCGCCUGUACUGCGACCCUCGACACUGCGGCUGCAGCCAGGCCGGGAUUAAGUGCCAGGUGGACAGAAUGUCCUUCCCGUGCGGCUGCACCAGGGACGGCUGCGGCAACAUGGCGGGCCGCGUGGAGUUCAACCCCCUGCGUGUGCGCACGCACUACCUGCACACCAUCAUGAAGCUGGACCUGGAGAAGAGGACCAUGCUGCUGCCACUCCCCGCCGACCCGGCCUUCGGCCCGCCUUGCCUCUCGUCCCCGGAGGCGGAGAAGGAGGAGGACGUCCUGGAGCGAGAAAACGAGACCGCCGUGUUGCACCUGCAGAGCGCCGAGGAGCAGGAGAGGCUGGAGAGGGAGGUGCAGGCGCAGCCGCCGGGGAGUCUGGGGGCGGAGCCACAGGUGGAGGAGGUUCUGCUGCAAGGCCCCUUCCCCGCCGUGCUCUGCAUCAACCAGGAGGCGGAGGAGGGGAACCCUGCUGACGUCCUCACAGACUCCGCCCCUCUCCUCUACUACCAGCUCAGCUCCAUCGAGCCCGCCGCCUUCGAGACCCCCGCCAGUGCGCCGGGAGCGAGCGGGCUGGAAGGCGACGAAUCCAAGCUCCGAAUCCAGGAAGCGGCGACGCCCUCCAACGACCAACUUCCCGCCGACAAUUAGUCCCAGCUUGUCUGCACACGUUUUGCACAAACCGCUUCCUAGAAGUAAAAGUUUCACCGUGCUCGCUUGUGGCUGAAGCACAGGAACAUCUUGAGUCAACUGUGCGAAAAAAAAAUAUAUAUAUAUAAAAAAAAAACGCACAGGAGGAAAAACUGCUCGCAAAGCAAAAAAAGCGACGUAGCGAAAACUUUAGUCAAGCCAAAUGACGGCGAAAACUGACCUAAUAAUCCUGGAAAUACUUGUUCUCCUGUACUGUACGAGCGUUUGCUUCAAUGUCUCCGCCGCGCUGACAUCACUACAGUAGAUCCCCGACUACUCGCCGCUGUAAAUAACCAUCCAUCCAUUUUCUACCGCUUGUUCCUUUCGGGGUGGCGCUGGAGCCUAUGUUAGCUGCAUUCGGGCAAAUUGCCACCUCAUUGCAGAGCCGACACAGACAGACAACAUUCACCAUCCAUCCAUCUUCCUCCGCUUAGCCGAGGUCGGGUCGCGGGGGCAGCAGCCUAAGCAGGGAAACCCAAACUUCCCUCUCCUCAGGCAUUUCGUCCAGCUCCUCCCGGGGGAUCCCAAGGCGAUCCCAGGCCAGCCGGGAGACAUAGUCUUUCAAAGGUGUCCUGGGUCUUCCCCGUGCUCUCCUACCGGUCGGACGUGUCCUAAACACCUCCCUAGGAAUGCGUUCGGGUGGCAUCCUGAGCAAAUGCCCGAACCACCUCAUCUGGCUUGAAUCUGAGAUCCUCCCUAUCUCUAAGGGAGAGACCCAAACUCAUUUGGGCUGCUUGUACCCGUGAUCUUGUCCUUUCGGUCAUGACCAUAGGUGAGGAUGAGAACGUAGAUCGACCGGUGAAUUGAGAGCUUUGCCUUCCGGCUCAGCUCCUUCUUCACCACAACGGAUCGAUACGGCGUCUGUAUUACUGAAGACGCCGCACCGAUUCGCCUGUCGAUCUCACCAUCCACUCUUCCCUCACUCGUGAACAAGAAUCCGAGGUACUUGGACUCCUCCACUUGGGGCAGGGUCUCUUCCCCAACCCGGAGAUGGCACUCCAAUCUUUCCCGGGCGAGAACCAUGGACUCGGACUUGGAGAUUCACACUCAAAUCACCAAUUAAUAUUUAUUAUUAUUAUUAUUAUAUUUAUUAGCACAUACAAAGGUGCCAAAAAUGUGUACGGUUGAGUACCGGUACCGAUUCAAAUGUGAACGGUGCCCAUCCCUACUGGUGGUCUUCAGUGCAACACACUCCAGAUAUAUAUGGCUUUUAUUUCCUGUUUAAAGAGCAGUUAGAACAGUGUUUUAUGCUCUUAUUUUGAAAAUAUUACAUUUAUCAACAAUGAUCCUACUUUUCGGAAAUGCCACACCACGUUCACCGCAGUCAGGCCCAGAAUUAAUUAGCCGCGAUAAACGGGGGACGACUGUAUCUGGAUGGCUUCUGAAACAGGAAGUGUUUAGAUGGCGCUAUCUGCAGGUCCGUCUGACUCCAGCAGAAGGCGCCGCUUUGAUGUAACUGCACGCUUUGUGAGUACAAUACCGUCUUUAUGCCUGAAAUUGUGCAUUAAAAACCUCUAAAGGCUUAGUUGGCCACAUGCGUGGACAGAACCUUUUAGCUCCUAUUUCAAAAAUUGUGUACACUACUGAAUUGGGGUCUUAUGGCCACUUAUGUGGACACUUAUACUGCCAUCUGGUGGUGUCAUAAGAGUUUAACAUACAAUGGAAUUUGGAGAAAAAAAGUGUAAAAAUAAGAAUUAGCAUGUCACUUGACAUGACGUACACGUUUGUGUACUUAUGGACCAAGUACAUCAUAUCAAAAGAUGAUUCUUAGUUUUUAUUCUAAUUAGGGUCCAAUGAGCCCAAAUAGCAAAGAGAAAUAAAAAAAAAGCAUGUAAACAGCUCGGGCCUUAAGAGGUUAAACUAACGUGCAUUUUAAAUGCAAAAAACUGGCAGGCAUAUAAAAAAUAAACUUUGAAGGAUUUUUUUAAGUGCGUCUAUUUGCGACUAACGGGGAUCUGCUGUAUUAUUCCUGCUAUUAUUAUUAUUAAUAUUUUUGUACGAUGAUCUCCUGUGAGCGACUGUUGCAAAGGUCCUGUCUUCUUUGAUCCUGGCGGAGUUGUUCUAGAAUGUUUCGUGACCCGCGUCACGUCCCACCGUGCUGAUCUUUAGGAGAUAUGGUGGACGUCCAACGGAAAACAUGUGACUCCAUUUUGGGUGUACCAUUCAUCCAUUUUCUUCCACUUAUCCGAGGUCGGGUUGCGGGGGCAGCAGCCUAAGCAGUGAAGCCCAGCCUUUCCUCUCCCAAACCUCUUGGUCCAGCUCCUCCCUGGGGAUCCCGAGGCGUUCCCAGGCCAGUCGGGAGACAUAGUCUUCCCAACGUGUCCUGGGUCUUCCCCUUGGCGCCCUGCUGGUCGGACGUGCCCAAAACAUCUCCCUAGCGAGGCUUUUGGGUGGCAUCCAGACCAGAUGCCUGAACAACCUCAUCUGGCUCCUCUCCAUGUGGAGAAGCAGGUACAUUACUUUGAACUCCUCCCGGAUGACAGAGGUUCUUACCCUAUCUCUAAGGGAGAGACCCGCCACCCGGUGGAUAAAACUCAUUUGGGCCGCUUGUACCCGUGAUCUUGUCCUUUCGGUCAUAACCCAAAGCUCAUGACCAUAGGUGAGGAUGGGAACGUAGAUUGAUCGCUGAAUUGAGAGCUUUGCGUUCCGGCUCAGCUCCUUCUUCACCACAACAGAUCGAUACAGUGUCCUGUCGAUCUCAAGAUCCACUCUUCCCUCACUCGUGAGCAAGACUCCGAGGUACUUGAACUCCUCGACUUGGGGCGGGGUCUCCGCCCCAACUUGGAGAUGGCACUCCAGACUUUCCCGGGCGAGAACCGUUGACGUUGUUAGAAAAUACCUGUUUGCCAUUGGACAGCCACACGUAUUGUUGACGUUUGAGUCACAAAACACAAUUUUAGACCACGUCCAGACCGAAGUACUCGGUUUUUUCUGAAGGUGCACUACGCAGAGUGAGACCCCCCAGAACCUUUGGUGACUUGGAACCAGCUUCAGAGUUAAAUGCCGUGAAACCUUGGAAGUUCUUCUUGAGUGUACCCUUAAGCUACGCUGAAUUACAUAGACUUAGAUUCUAGAUGUAACCUUGGACCCAGUUCUGGAGUGCAACGCCAAACCUGGUCUAACACAAUGAAUGCGUAGCAGCUGGACUCAGAACCAGCUACAGAGUUAAAUGCCGUGAAACCUUGGAAGUUCUUCUUGAGUGUACCCUUAAGCAACGCUGAAUUACAAAGACUUAGAUCCUACAUGUAACCUUGGACCCGGUUCUGGAGUGCAACGCCAAACCUGGUCUAGCAGCUGGCAUGUUCUAGAGUGAAGCCUCGGAGUGCUUAAAACUUCAGUUAAAGUACCGAUGAUAGUCACGCACACACUAGGUGUGGUGAAAUUUGUCUUCCGCAUUUGACCCAUCACCCUUGAUCACCCCCUGGGAGGUGAGGGGAGCAGUGAGCAGCAGCGGUGGUCACGCCCAGGAGUCAUUUUUGGUGAUUUAACCCCCAAUUCCAACCCUUGAUGCUGAGUGCCAAGCAGAGUCACAUUUUUAUAGUCUUUGGUAUGACUCAGCCGGGGUUUGAACUCACGACCUACUGAUGUCAGGCCACUGAGUAGGAUAGGCAAGGGUUUUGGGAUGGUCUCCUGCUGGCCCCACCAUGGAUUGGACUCUCACUAUUAUGUUAGAUCCACUAUGGACUGAACUUUCACAAUAUUAUGUUAAAUCCACUAUGGACUGGACUCUCACUAUAAUGUUGGAUCAACUAUCGACUGGACUUUCACUAUUAUGUUAGAUCCACUAUGGACUGGACUCUCACAUUAUUAUGUUAGAUCCACUAUGGACAGGACUUUCACACUAUUAUCUUAGAUCCACUCUGGACUGGACUCUCACACUAUUAUCUUGGAUCCACUAUGGACUGGACUCUCACUAUUAUGUUAGAUCCACUAUAGACUGGACUCUCACUAUGUUAGAUCCACUAUGGACUGGACUCUCACACUAUUAUGACGGAUCCACUAUGGACUGGACUCUCACUAUUAUGUUAGAUCCACUAUGGACUGAACUUUCACAUUAUUAUGUUAAAUCCACUAUGGACUGGACUUUCACUAUAAUGUUAGCUCCACUGUAGACUGGACUCUCACUAUUAUGUUAGAUCCACUAUGGACAGGACUCUCACACUAUUAUGUUAGAUCCACUAUGGACUGGACUCUCACUACUAUGUUAGAUCCACUAUAGACUGGACUCUCACAAUAUUAUGUACGAUCCAUUAUGGACUGGACUCUCACAAUAAUGUUAGCUCCACUAUGGACUGGACUCUCACUAUUAUGUUAGAUCCACUGUGGACUGGACUCUGACACUAUUAUGUUAGAUCCACUAUGGACUGGACUCACACUAUUAUGUUGGAUCCACUAUGGACUAGACUCUCACACUAUUAUGACAGAUCCACUAUGGACUGGACUCUCACUAUUAUGUUGGAUCCACUAUGGACUGGACUCACACUAUUAUGUUGGAUCCACUAUGGACUAGACUCACACACUAUUAUGUUAGAUCCACAAUGGACUGGACUCUCACACUAUUAUUUUAGAUCCACUAUGGACUGGACUCUCACUAUUAUCUUAGAUCCACUCUGGACUGGACUCACACACUAUGUUGGAUCCACAAUGGACUGGACUUUCACUAUUAUGUUAGAUCCACUAUGGACUGGACUCUCAUUAUUAUGUUAGAUCCACAAUGGACUGGACUUUCACUAUUAUGUUAGAUCCACUAUGGACUGGACUCUCAUUAUUAUGUUAGAUCCACUAUGGACUGGACUCUCACACUUUUAUGUUAGAUCCACUAUGGACUGGACUCUCACACUAUUAUGUUAGAUCCACUAUGGACUGGACUCUCACACUAUUACGUUAGAUCCACUAUGGACUGGACUCUCACACUAUUAUGUUAGAUCCACUAUGGACUGGACUCUCACACUAUUACGUUAGAUCCACUAUGGACUGGACUCUCACACUAUUAUGUUAGAUCCACUAUGGACUGGACUCUCACACUAUUAUGUUAGAUCCACUAUGGACUGGACUCUCACACUAUUAUGUUAGAUCCACUAUGGACUGGACUUUCAUAAUAUAUGUUACACCUACUCAAUUUCCAUUGCAUCCGGUCUCCCCUAGAGGGGGGUGGGGGUCACCCACAUCUGUGGUCCUCUCCAAGGUUUCUCAUAGUCAUUCACAUUGACAUCCCACUGGGUUGUGAGUUUUUCCUUGCCCUUUUGUGGCCUCUGAACCGAGGACGUGGUUGUGGCUUGUGCAGCCCUUUGAGACACUGCUGAUUCAGGGCUAUAAAAGUAAACAAUGAUUGAUUUGAAGCAGAAGUUUGCACAUUGAUGAUGUAGUUUAAUCCCAGGCUGCCAUUACUCAAGGUGGUCCAUCAUUGCCUGGGACAGACGGCGAAGGAUUGGCCAUUAUUGACCGUGUGAGAUUUAAGGGUGUGUGUCACAUCUUGGGAAGACCGCGUGACUUGGGGGCCAAAAUGGGGCCGAGGGCCACACUUUGUAAACAGAACCUUUGCACCAGCUGUCAAACUAGAGACGUCAUGUGAAGACUUUUAAAGAGCUUUCACGCCGCCUAAUAAGUGUGUGUGUUCUGUAUCGGGUUGGGGGCGGGGCUUGGGAAGUAUAUAACGGCGAGGGAAGGUCACGUGACAUUUUGAAGUCAAGCAGAAGUGUGAGUGUGUUUAUUGCACAGUGUCGUCUCUUUCAUUCACUUUGCUUUUCAUGCUCGUUAUGUUGGUCCAUUUCACAUCUUUGUGGCCUACUUCUUCUUCAGCACACUCGGCUCCGACACUUUUAGCUGCGGGACCUGUGUGUGUGUGUGUGUGUGUGUGUGUGUGUGUGUGUGUGUGUGUGUGUGUGUGUGUGUGUGUGUGUGUGUGUGUGUGUGUGUGUGUGUGUGUGUGUGUGUGUGUGUGUGUGUGUGUGUGUGUG